AUGGCUGGAGACACGGCCGAGGAGCUUGAGAUAUUUCGCCAACAAUGGCAACAAGAGGUAACGCAGCGUGCAAAGGGAGCAACAAACGCAUCAGUCAAUAUACCUGCACGACCGCCACGGCCAUCACAGAGUAGCAGUGGAGCAGCCCCUCCACUGAUUCGCAGGCAGACCAGAGAAGCAGAAGAGUACCCCGAAGACCUUGGAGAAGAGAGUCAUCAUGAUCUAGAAGACAAGGAUGAGGAACGAAGAUUAGGGGAAGCUGGAGAAAGAAAACACCCAAGCAACAAACGAGAACCACGGUCGGCUUUAGAUCACUAUGAGCUGGCAGUUGAGAGGGAGUCGGAAGGUAGUCUGGGGGACAGCUUGAACCAUUACCGGAAAGCCUACAGGCUCGAUGCAGGCGUCGACCGCAUCUACAAGAACAAGCACUUCCCGCCCUCGUCCUUUAAGUCGAAACCGACCAACCCCAACCCAUCAAAUGCCGCUGUAACUGUCCCAAAUCCUGCUCACCACUCCCUAGACGGGCCCCCCGCCUCGACCAUAUCCGAGCUCAUAGCCUCCUUCUCCUCCCUACCAAUACCAGUGCUGGAAGUACCCACAGACAAGUCCCCCCAACCGUCAUGUCCUCUCUCAACGAUUCCUUCAGAGAUUCUCAUCAACGUCCUCCUUCAAACAGCGAUCAUCGACGUCGCCUCCUUUGCCCGCCUCUCCCUGGUCUGCAAACGCUUCGCCUAUCUAGUCGCAACCGAAGAUCGAAUAUGGAAACGUGUUUGCCUAGGCCCUGAAUUUGGUUUCAGUGCUAUGCACUACAAUUGGACCUGCACUAUCACCGGCGGCCCCCUCCCACUCUCCGUGGUCGACCUCGACGCAGACCUCGACUCACUUGAGCUCUCAGAUACCACUCCUCUCCCGGAUCCAUUUGCCUUGUCGCCCACCUACCCAUCCUACCGUUACAUGUUCCAAAAGCGGCCCCGCCUCCGCUUUAACGGCUGCUACAUCAGCACCGUAAACUACAUCCGUCCCGGCGGCAACACCGCCAGCCAGGUCACAUGGAAUACCCCCGUCCACAUCGUAACCUACUACCGCUACCUACGGUUCUUCCGUGAUGGGGGGUGCGCAUCCUUACUUACGACCAGCGAACCCGCAGACGUAGUGCACUAUCUCACCAAAGAGAACAUGCACACUCGCCACGCGGGCGGUCUGCCAAGUGCCGUCAUGAACAACUGCCUUCGUGGCAGGUGGAAGCUCAGCGGUGAUCCAUAUCACACUACAACCGGCGAAGAGGGCCACAAAGAAGAAGUCGGCGAAGAAGGCACUAUUCACAUUGAAACCGAAGGCGCAGACGCUGGCCACGCUAAUCCAAAGUACAUCUACAAAAUGGCUCUUCAGCUCAGGAGCGCUGGUAGGAACGCAGGUGCUACAAGAAAUAACAAGCUGGUAUGGAUGGGCUAUUGGAGCUACAACAAGCUCACAGACGAUUGGGCGGAAUUUGGGCUGAAGAACGACAAGGCCUUUUUCUGGAGUAGAGUGAAAAGCUAUGGGAUUGGUGAGUAA